AUGACAACCUCAGCCCUGCGCCGGCAGGUGAAGAACAUUGUGCACAACUAUUCAGAAGCGGAGAUCAAGGUUCGUGAGGCCACCUCGAAUGAUCCAUGGGGCCCGUCCUCAUCUCUCAUGUCCGAGAUCGCCGACUUGACCUUCAAUGUGGUGGCAUUUGCUGAGGUGAUGGGCAUGGUUUGGAAACGCCUCAACGACAGCGGCAAGAACUGGAGACAUGUCUACAAGGCCCUGACUCUGUUGGAUUACCUGCUGAAGACAGGAUCAGAGAGAGUGGCUCAGCAGUGCCGUGAGAAUGCAUUCACGAUUCAGACACUGCGUGACUUCCAGUACGUAGACCGCGACGGCAGAGACCAGGGGGCUAACGUGAGAGAAAAAGCACGCCAACUGGUGUGUCUCCUCCGGGACGAGGAGCGACUCCGCCAGGAGAGGAGUCAAGCCCUAAAGACCAAGGAGCGAAUGGCAGGGGGAGGCAGCGGAGGCGGCGGGGGUGGUGUGUACGGAGGCAUACCCCCGUCUUACCACCCAGGCAGGCGAACGAGCCAGCCCAGCAUGGCUGUGCUGUACGGGGAGGAGUUCAGCCGCUCCAGAGGCUCUCCGUCCUCCUUUAACUCCUCGUCCUCGUCUCCUCGUGCCGCCUCAGACCUGGAGCAGGCUCGCCCUCAGACCAGCGGGGAGGAGGAGCUGCAGCUCCAGCUGGCCUUAGCCAUGAGCAGGGAGGAGAGUCAGAAGGAGCAGCGCUGUCGCCAAGGAGACGAGUCUCAGCUACAGAAGGCCCUGGACGAGAGCCGGAGAGAGAGCCAGUCAGGGACACAGGAGUCAGCCAUGUUGGACCUGGUGGACAUAUUUGGCACUUCCUCUGAGCCCGCACCUCCUCCGAGUGACCCUUGGAACUCAGCUCAGCCCACCUGCGACAUCACUAGUGACCCCUGGGACUCUGUAGCGGUUCACUCCAGCACUCCUGUGAUUGGUAGCCCUUGGUCAGCCCCUCCCCCUUCCUCCGAUGCGUCCAAUCCUUGGGCCCCAUGUGCCAACUCAGGCACAGACCCCUGGGAAGCAGCACCCGUCUCCUCCAGUCCUGUGAAUGAUGCGUGGGACAGCCCGACGGACGGAGGCGGUGACGGGAAUGAUCCGUUUGCUGCACAGGAAGAGGAGAAGCCCAAACAGGAGGUUCCUCAAUUGUCCUCUCCACAGCCUGCCAGUCCCACAGAUGCAGAGCUGUUUGGAGUAAAGCCAGACUCUGACCCGUUUUUGGCAGCGGAUUCUAAACCAGAUCUGUUUGGAGCCGAGCCUCCUGUGAAACCCCAGGUAAAUGGCAGAGAGUCUGCCAGUCCAGAGAUGUUUGACCUAUCCCGGCUAGCCCCUCCGCUCAGUGCCCCGCCUACACGUGUCUGUCGGACCCCAGAGGCCUUUCUGGGACCCACGGGGGCCUCGCUGGUCAAUUUAGACGCUCUGAUACCCCCCAACCCUCCUAGCAAGACGCACAAUAACCCCUUCCUCUCAGGUCUGAGUGCUCCGUCUCCCACCAACCCCUUCCACAGCGACCAGCCUCGCCUCACCCUCAAUCAAAUGCGACCAUCCUCCACCUCCCCGCUGCCCCCUCACAUGCUCUCCUACAGCCCGUCCCUGCCGCUCCCUCUGCCCCACCAGCCGCCCAUCAUCCCCUCCUCUCUCACACAGCCUCCUGCCGGACUCCUGGACCUUCCCUCCAACCUCCCCCAACCCCUGCUCCCUCUCUCUCCGCGACCGGCGGCCCGCACUCAGUCACAGACACAAACACACAGCCACAACCCCUUCCUCUGA